GUUUGGGGAUGGGUUUGACUAUAAAGUAUUUUGGAGUUUGAAAUAUUGACACGGGACAUUUACCUGCUUUACUGGUCAUGGAUAACUUUGACAUGGUUCUGAAGUGCUGGGAGCCAGUGGAGGCUGACUACAACAAACACGGAGGACUGGUUCUGAGCCGUCUGUUUGCAGAGCACCCAGACACCCUGAUGUUGUUCCCUAAGUUCGCAGGCAUCGCCGCGGGCGACCUGUCAGGGAACACAGCAGUAGCUGCCCAUGGGGCCACUGUGCUUAGGAAGCUGGGUGAGCUGCUGAAAGCUAAAGGUGACCACGCUGCCAUCAAGCUCCUGGCAACCACCCACGCCACCAAGCACAAGAUUGCCCUCAACAACUUCACGCUCAUCACUGAGAUCAUCUGCAAAGUGAUGGGUGAGGAGGCAGGGCUGGAUGGGGCAGGACAGGAAGCUCUGAGGCAGGUGAUGGGUGUGAUCAUAGCUGACAUCGAUGUCACCUACAAGGAGCUGGGCUUUGCUGGGUAAAGGGUUCACCUCAACGACGCUGGUUUGCUUGUGACUUCCAGAAAAACUUACUGGAAAAGUGUGAGGCAAAGCAUUUGUUGCAAAUUCUACAUUUCUCUAUACAGUAUAUUGCCUUAAUCUACCCUUUCAUUGUAGUUGGCUUACUGAAUGUAAGCUGUUACUCUUUUCACUAAACCAAUAAAUGUUCCAUCAGCUGCAAA